UCAAGAUCAACUCAGGAGGGACAGGCGGUGCCACCGACCGGCCAGCCAUGCGUUUAAGACUGCGCCACCUUUUCCAACGCAUGUGGAAACGCAGCAACAACCAUGGCCCUCAGUGCACCGAGUUCAUUAAGGACAUCCGUCAACUACAAAGCAACGGCUUCUAUAGGGUCUACCUCGGCGAGACAGAGAUUCCAGAAUACCUUAUUACAGGGGAAAUCACUUCGGCGAGUAUACAUGAUGAGAACAGAAGGCACACAUGGAGCGUCAUUCACGCGGGGGGCGUGAGAGGGUGGGUUCCUUGGAACUACAAGUUGCUGUUCCAUCUGAACUCCAGAAGUCUUGAACCAUCUGAAGAUAUUUUUCAAGAAUUUUGCGUCACCUUAGCCGAAAGCUAUGGCAGAUGCGCUGUUGUUGUGGAUCCGCAAAGCUGGAGGACGCCACGGCGUUAUCCCUCUACAGGUACCGGUCACAACCCUCCAUCAUCCCCCAUCGAUUUACUGCCGAUGAGAUGCUGCCCUAAGGUGGCAGAGGAGUUCGGGCACAAGAUGAUCCAGCUUCCUUUCCAGUGCGCACAUCUCAAUCCUCUCAACAGUGCUUGGUCAACAGUGAAAUGGUUUGCUGUUAACAACCGGGGGAAAUACUCUGAAGCCAUAUACGACCGAGACACAGUACAGAAGUACAUAUUCUGCACCGAAUUGAUCGAUGGUUCCUUGCGCAAGAUGACAAAAAGGAAAUGGGAGGAGGCCAUGUCCAGAGUGUGGAAGAAUGAAAACUAUUACAUGGGGGAGAAAAAUCGGUAACUCUCUUAAACUCCACCCGAUCAUGAA